CGUCAUGUUUGUCACUGAGAUCAUCAUAGUUAUUUUAGCGUAGAUUUUCGGAUUUUUGUAAGCAAAAAUAUUCUUAAAAGAUGGCUUAUUUAACUCAGCCAGAUUACGUGAAGUAUAUUUGUUCAUGUGGACAAUUAAAACCUAUUACAAGUCUUUAUUUCUGCCGCCAUUGUUUGAAAAUACGCUGCGGUUUCUGCAUUUGUCAUGAGGUGGACUCCCACUACUGUGCAAACUGCUUGGAGAACAUGCCGUCCUCCGAAGCCCGGCUGAAGAAGAACCGCUGCAGCAGCUGCUUUGACUGCCCCAGCUGUUUCCACACCCUCUCUACCAGAGCCACCAUGGCACAGCCUCGGCAGGUGCUGCAGGAUCCCGCAGCCGCUGGUGAUGCCAAGGUGGAGAGCAAACAACCCAAGAAGAUGUAUUACUUGUCUUGCUUCAACUGUCGGUGGACUUCUAGAGAUGUUGGGAUCCCUGAUCAGCCUGUUGCGUCAGGAGGUUGGCCGGAGCGCACGAACCCGUACGCGGCGCGCGUCAACCAACUCCUCGACUACUACAAGGCGAUAGCUCUGCAGGAGAAACAAGAGAAAAUCGAGCGAGAGCGCAAGAAGUUUAAUAUCAGGGGGAAAUACAUCACGCUCACUGACAAGACAGGUCUGACAGGCGCGAUGGCUCGCAACAUAGCGGGGCUGCCGUCCAGCGAGAGCUCGUCCUCAGCCAUCGCCAGCUUCGUGCCCAGCGUCGCCACCGAGGAGGUCGAGGAGCUGCCGGACGAUAUAUACACCAAGGAGGUCAAUCUGAAUCAGAUAACGAGCAUGGCCCAGCGCUUGGCUUCUCCCGAGUGGCAGCCUGUCUCCGUGUCCCGCCUGCACCCGCUCGCCAAGCUGCUGAGCGUGAAGCGCAGCCAACGCUGCCGCGCCUGCGACCACAACCUCACCAAGCCCGAGUACAACCCUGGCUCCAUCAAGUUCAAGAUCGAGCUGCUGGCCUACUACCACGUCCCAGAAGUGAAAAUAAUAUCCCACGAGCCAGUGAAACCUGGUGAAAAGUCGGCUCUACUCCUCAAGCUGACCAACCCGACUGGACAUGAGAUGCAGCUGACCCUGCUGCAGCCUGAAGACAUCCCCCCGCCGGAGGAGAGGGAGGAACCCAAGAGCAUUGAGAAGUCGCUGGAGAAGUCACUUAAUUUGGAGAAGGACACAUCAUCAUUCAAGUCGAUCACCCGCGUCCCAGAGUACACGGCGACGAGCCGCAUCACGUCGCCCGACGCGACGUUCACGCUCGCGCAGAGAGACGACGCCGCCGAGUACGACGAUGAUGCACAACAUGAUACUAACGACAUAAUAAUGUGGCGCAAAUCCAACAAGCUGGCGCUCCGGCUCGAGGUCACCACCUCCCCCGACGCGGAGGGCGGAGCCCCGGCCCGCGCCACCGUGGCGCUGCGCUACUCCUACCGCAACACCGUGCCGCCCGCCGCCGCGCAACACACGCCCAGGGACCAUACGCUCUAUACCACUGUGCUGCUGGAUUUAGGCACUGUUAGCUCGAAUUAGGAAGGUUAAAUAUCUUGUCAUAUGUCUAAGGCGGCCCCCAGACCUACAAUAAUUUUGUGCAAUGUAACAAAAAGCAAAAAUAUUGUGCAAUAAAAAUAAUUUGUCGCAAAAAGUCAACACAGUCAAUACGCAAUAUUGCGUAUUUCAAUUAAAGGUAUGGUAUGAGCCGGCUUUAUAAGGCCCAGGUUCACUGUCAAUGUCUACUUUUCUUAUUAAAAGAACUUAACGUGAAACUUAUAGGAAACAGUUGUUUUAAGAAAACUGAUUAUGUUUUGCCAGUGAACUUGGACCUAACUCUUCUAUGCUAUACAUACAUAGCGACAACUGUUCGCUGACUGUAUUUGUUUUGUAUAAUAAGCAUUCGAUAUGUGGCAUUAUAUUCAACUUUAUGAACAACUUAUGUCAACCGCUUACCGCCGCAGUGCGCGGUAUCGAGUAUUCGAGUGUGAAUCGUGUCAGUGUUGAACGCACCCUACGUGCGUAACUGGCUUCUGAGUAAAAAAGUAUUAAAACUUAAUUAUCUAAAAACAAUGUUUUGCAUUUUGUCUGAGUUGACUAUGAGUUUGUUCUUCGUAAUAUUUAAUUACAAGUCAGAAAUAAGUAAUAAGAUAAGAUACCGAAUUAUUUAGGAGGCCAUUUAAAAAGUCUGGUUGUUUUACAAGUGGCCAUACUAUAUUAUUCUGAACUCAACCGACGUCACCAGAAAACAUACAAAAUAAUUACAAUCAAAAAGCCGAAUUAAAAGAAUUUUCGAGAUCUUAAAAAACUAAGUUCAUCAAGCAUUGAUAAUGAUGACCCCAAAUGCUAGCCAACUUAAUAUUUAAAGUCAAAACUACCACUUUAUCAGUGUGGUAUAUUAUGAAUUUGUUAUUACCUAAAUAUUUUUUUAUUCCGCCUAGCCCUGCUUUUAUUAACACCUAAAUAUAUGCGUAACCUUCCAGCUAUGCUUUUUGCGGAAGAAAUAGCUAAUUAUGACUUCCAAUGUUUACGUCACUUUAAUAAAAUUAAGUCAUAUAAUAUGUACUAACGUUUAUGAAGACAAGACUUCUAAGAAUAACUAGGUUUUGACAAUAUGAUAAUCAGCACUUAUAGAUAACAGGCUAGGCUAGAAAUUGUUAAUAAAUAUACCUAUUACUGGUAAUAUCGAAUGUUUAACAUAAUCCAUGUAGCAAGCAGCUAGAAACACAAUAUGUGCCUAAAAUAUGCUAGAUGAAGUUAUUCAUUAAAUUCCAUGUGUUUUGAGAUUUUAGUUAGUUAUUUAUUUUUUAUAUAUAAAUUAAAUUAUUAUUUUUAAGUACAUAAGUUCUCACUACUUAAUAAUUUAAGCAUAUAACCAUUAGCUUAUAAAAGUUUGCACAUUUUAUACACGCUGCUGCAAGUUUAACUUGGUUGUAUUAUGUUUAGCUGAAAUAAAAUAUUUUGAACAA